GCAAAGGCGGGGUUGAAAAUGGGUGACGAAGUGCUCUCCUGGGAUGGUAUCAGUGUGUCGGGUGUAGACCCUUGGGUUGUACUUCAAGAGAUCCAACAGGAGCAAAACUUGGCCAAGAAAACCAAACAUACGAUGCAUAUCAGGAGGCGGCCUUUCUGUCGUCUCGUAGGCAUCUCCUUCGCAGAAGUCAACGAACGGCCCAAACCCGAAGAACCGCAAGAAAUCCAGGAAACCCAAGAAACUCAACAGCAACCGCAGCACGAGCCCACAGCCAGUGGUACUGACGGUACUGAUACCACUGAAAGUCUGCUGAACCCCUCCACUGGUUCCACAGGCGAGGCGAUGGAGGGCAGGGAAGGUAUCGAACUGACUGGAACUAACUCCACGGCUGUCAAUCGGAUAGGAGAAUUGUCAACACACCGGGUUCAGGCCAGCGCGAGUCUCGCGGCGACGAGCACCACUCUGGGCAGCUUGCGCAACGGCAGCGUGUUCAAAGGUCUUGUAGUGACUAAUAUCGAAAGCGAUGAGAGCAAGAGUGGCCGAAUUAUGCAGAAGGUGUCCGUGUUUGUCAGCGUGCACCGGAAAUUGGCGAGUUGCUACUUCUCCUGUUGCCGGAGUGGCGGAAGCAUGUAUGAAGAUUGCGGAGUGUUCGUGCAGAAUGGCGUGCUGAUCUGUAAGGAAGGCAAUGUGGCGCUGCUAGAACUCAAUGGAGAGAAAGUGGUGGGUGUGCCUGAUGAGAAAGUAGCCGCGUCUAUAUAUAGACAGGCAAUUUUGCACGAGCGAGGUCUAGCUUCAAAGAUACGGGCUGUUGUGAUGGAAGAGGACAUAUAUAAUUGUCUGUUUCCAAGUCCUUCUGUGUCGCUGUAUUUGCGGAGAUAUGAGAACAGUUGAGCUGCAAUGUCGUGCACCAAUCAUAUUCAAGUACUCGAGUAAUCAACACCCCCAAUCGAGGCGGAAUACCGCGGAAGUGUGGAGAUAUCAAAGUGGCGAAUCUGUAGGUUCCCACCUAUGCGUAGACAUUCUCGGGCAAGUCUUCAAGUAUGGAUAGGCCAUGUUUUAUUGUGUGUGCCUAUCAGACGGUAUUGUUUCAGAAUAUGCUUCUGCAUAGCAAGGAGUACAGAUUUAUCCGGCUGCACCAAUCGCGUCUCAGAUGCCCGCCCUCCCGUUAGCAUAGUCUCGCCAAAUCAUUGAAAUGUAACAGUGAGAAUUGGUACCACACCGCUGGCGACGCCCCAGUAUUGCACGUUGAUUCGGGCUAUCCUCACGCGCACUAUAGAUUCUCUCGUGAACGGAAGUUGCGGUACCACACAAUACCAAUCGAAUGAUAGUUCAGGAAUGUACCAUCACUUACGCGAUUUUCCUGGUAGAAUGAAGCCGCGCAGGGACCCAAAGCUGACUGCGUAGGUACAUCCGACCUUGGGAGUGGGCGCACUCUCUCACUCUCUUUACCCAAACCCUGUUAUCAACUACUUCUCCGUUGCAACGCCAAAUACAGGCUUUCCAAGAGGUUGUUCGUUCUAACAUUACAUAUGUAGAGAAGAAAAAAGUCUUACAGUAGUCUUCAAUCGUGUAUAUAUUGAGACCUGUACUGUACAGCUUCUAAGUGAGAGUCGACAGCGUCGACAGCUGGCAGUGUACAGGGUAGCACAUGUCUAGAAACUCAGCAGAGAAUUAAGCUACUUCUACUGGUGAUAUCUCGGGUGAUAAUACCUCCCCUGGUUCUGAUACAAUAUAUCUUACGUCCAACGUAACCGCUGGUGGUUUGUUGUAGUUGUCAACAGUGCUUCAACAGGAGUCCGUUCAGGAGUCGCCAGAUAGCAAAUUAAGGCGGGAUGCACCUUCAAGGUGGCUGCCCUUUUAACGUCCACCACAUGAUGUAAAAAUGUAAAAGAAUCAGUCCCAAUUGAAUAAAGAAAGUACACUCCU